GUCUUCUUUCUACUCAAUCGAGAUAUAUACAGUCAACAACAACAGCAACAGCAGCAUGUACGAACUACACGUCUGGGGAAGGAUAGCAGAGCUGCCGUCCUUCGACGCAGACUGUCUCGCAGCAAUGCUCUAUCUCGAGCUCGCGGACGGGCCGACUGACGAAUACCUCGUCGUGCCGUCUUCGAAUCCACUCGUGUCUCCUGAUAUGCGUCUACCCGCGCUCCGGAAAGACGGCAAGAUAGUAGCCUCCGGCAUCCUCGAAGUCCUCCGCUUCCUCAAAUCCCAGGACGUCGUCCUCCCGACUCCCGAUCCCGCGCGCGACACCGUCCUCUCGACCUACGUCUCCGAAACCCUGCAACCGAUCUCGCUCUACAUCCAGCGCCUGCACGUCCUCCACUUCCAAUACAUCUUCCGCCCGGGCCUCUUCGCGCUGCUGCCUCCCUCGCUCGCCCGAUACGCCGCCUCGCUGUGGAUGAUGAACAACGCGAAGCACCGCAUCGCGCACGUCUACAACCUCGACCUUGCCGAGAACUCGCCCGACAACCUACGCCAGCAGCAACUCGGCGGCAGCGGAGCGGAGAACGCCGUCCCGGGGUUUUCGUUUUUCAAAAAACAGACGAUAAAGUACGCCGCCGUGAGCAAGGACGUGCCGCAGUCCGUCGUCGACCGCGUCAAGCAGGCCAUCGGCGGCGCGACUUCCUCCGUCGGCGUCGUGCGCGGCGGGUCUGAGGAGUUUGGCGCCGUGAUGCGCAUGCUGAGUGUCGCGACAGAAGGGUAUGCCCCGAUCGAGGACGCUCUCAGCGGCGGCGACCUGUUUUUGUUUGGCGACAGGCCUGGCACGGCUGAUGUGUUUCUGAUUGCGCAUUUGCUGGUGCAAACCGUGCCUUCGUACAGCGUGUCGUUUGUGAAUGCGGUUAUAGAUGAGAAAUUCCCGCGGAUAAAAAAGUACAUUGAGAACCAUCGGGAUCUGCUGAAAGAGCUGGACGAGGCGCUCGCGCUGCAGCAAGCAAAAGUUGAUCCGGCCGAUCAGUUGACUGUUGGAUCCAUCUUUCGGUAUUUCUCGGGUCUGUAGUGUACAAUAAAUCUUGUAAUCAUGCAAUCUCAUCUCAUCUUUUCUUUUACUUUAUUCUACAAUACAUAAUCCACCUCACCUCGCCACAGCUCCGCUCUCCGCCGCCGCCGCCGCCGCCGCCGACGGAUCCUGCCACCGCUUAUCCUCAUCGCCGCCGGCCCAAUUACGCUCAACAUACCCAAGC